AUGGCCGCGCAGGUCGCCCCCGCCGCCGCCAGCAGCCUGGGCAACCCGCCGCCGCCGCCCUCGGAGCUGAAGAAAGCGGAGCAGCAGCAGCGGGAGGAGGCGGGGGGCGAGGCGGCGGCGGUAGCGGCCGAGCGCGGGGAAAUGAAGGCAGCCGCCGGGCAGGAAAGCGAGGGCCCCGCCGUGGGGCCGCCGCAGCCACUGGGAAAGGAGCUGCAGGACGGGGCUGAGAGCAAUGGGGGUGGCGGCGGCAGCGGAGCCGGCGGCGGUGGCGGGCCCGGCGCGGAGCCGGACCUGAAGAACUCGAACGGGAACGCGGGCCCUAGGCCCGCCCUGAACAAUAACCUCACGGAGCCGCCCGGCGGCGGUGGUGGCGGCAGCAGCGACGGGGUGGGGGCGCCUCCUCACUCAGCCGCGGCCGCCUUGCCGCCCCCAGCCUACGGUUUCGGGCAACCCUACGGCCGGAGCCCGUCUGCCGUCGCCGCCGCGGCGGCCGCCGUCUUCCAUCAACAACAUGGCGGACAACAAAGCCCUGGCCUGGCGGCGGCCGCCGGCUCCAAGCCGCCUCCCUCCUCCAGCGCCUCCGCCUCCUCGUCGUCUUCGUCCUUCGCUCAGCAGCGCUUCGGGGCCAUGGGGGGAGGCGGCCCCACGGCGGCCGGAGGGGGAACCCCCCAGCCCACCGCCACCCCCACCCUCAACCAACUGCUCACGUCGCCCAGCUCGGCCCGGGGCUACCAGGGCUACCCCGGGGGCGACUACGGCGGCGGGCCCCAGGACGGGGGUGCCGGCAAGGGCCCGGCGGACAUGGCCUCGCAGUGCUGGGGGGCUGCUGCUGCUGCUGCGGCGGCGGCGGCGGCCGCCUCGGGAGGAGCCCAACAAAGGAGCCACCACGCGCCCAUGAGCCCCGGGAGCAGCGGCGGCGGGGGUCAGCCGCUCGCCCGGACCCCGCAGCCAUCCAGUCCAAUGGAUCAGAUGGGCAAGAUGAGACCUCAGCCAUAUGGCGGGACUAACCCAUACUCGCAACAACAGGGACCUCCAUCAGGACCGCAGCAAGGACAUGGGUACCCAGGGCAGCCAUAUGGGUCCCAGACCCCACAGCGGUACCCGAUGACCAUGCAGGGCCGAGCGCAGAGUACCAUGGGCGGCCUCUCUUAUGCACAGCAGAUUCCACCUUAUGGACAGCCAGGCCCCAGCGGGUAUGGUCAGCAGGGCCAGGCUCCAUAUUACAACCAGCAAAGCCCUCACCCCCAGCAGCAGCAGCAGCCCUACUCCCAGCAGCCACCAUCCCAGACCCCUCACGCCCAGCCUUCAUAUCAGCAGCAGCCUCAGUCUCAGCCACCGCAGCUCCAGUCCUCUCAGCCUCCGUAUUCCCAGCAGCCGUCCCAGCCCCCCCAUCAGCAGUCCCCAACCCCGUACCCCACCCAGCAGUCCACCACCCAGCAGCACCCCCAGAGCCAGCCCCCCUACUCACAGCAGCAGGCACAGUCUCCUUACCAGCAGCCGCCACCUCAGCAGCCAGCAUCCUCGACGCUUUCCCAGCAGGCUGCGUACCCUCAGCCCCAGUCUCAGCAGUCACAGCAAACUGCCUAUUCUCAGCAGCGCUUCCCUCCACCACAGGAGUUAUCUCAAGAUUCAUUUGGGUCUCAGGCAUCCUCAGCCCCCUCAAUGACCUCCAGUAAGGGAGGGCAAGAAGAUAUGAACCUGAGUCUUCAGUCAAGACCUUCAAGCUUGCCUGAUCUGUCUGGUUCAAUAGACGAUCUCCCCAUGGGGACAGAAGGAGCUCUGAGCCCUGGAGUGAGCACAUCAGGGAUUUCAAGCAGCCAAGGGGAGCAGAGUAAUCCAGCUCAGUCUCCUUUUUCUCCCCAUACCUCCCCUCACCUGCCUGGCAUCCGAGGCCCCUCCCCGUCCCCAGUUGGCUCUCCUGCCAGUGUUGCUCAGUCUCGCUCAGGACCACUCUCGCCUGCUGCAGUGCCAGGCAACCAGAUGCCCCCCCGGCCACCCAGUGGCCAGUCGGACAGCAUCAUGCAUCCUUCUAUGAACCAAUCAAGCAUUGCCCAAGAUCGAGGUUACAUGCAGAGGAACCCCCAGAUGCCCCAGUACAGUUCCCCCCAGCCCGGGUCGGCCUUAUCUCCACGUCAGCCUUCUGGAGGACAGAUGCACACAGGAAUGGGCUCCUACCAGCAGAACUCCAUGGGGAGCUAUGGUCCCCAGGGAAGUCAGUACGGCCCACAGGGAGGCUACCCCAGGCAGCCAAACUAUAAUGCCUUGCCCAAUGCUAACUACCCCAGUGCAGGCAUGGCUGGAAGCAUGAACCCUAUGGGUGCUGGAGGUCAGAUGCAUGGGCAGCCUGGCAUCCCACCUUAUGGCACACUCCCUCCAGGGAGAAUGAGUCAUGCCUCCAUGGGCAACCGGCCUUAUGGCCCUAACAUGGCCAAUAUGCCACCUCAGGUUGGGUCAGGGAUGUGUCCCCCACCAGGGGGCAUGAACCGGAAAACUCAAGAAACUGCUGUCGCCAUGCACGUUGCUGCCAACUCUAUCCAGAACAGGCCACCAGGCUACCCCAAUAUGAAUCAAGGGGGCAUAAUGGGAACUGGACCUCCCUAUGGACAAGGGAUUAAUAGUAUGGCUGGCAUGAUCAACCCUCAGGGGCCCCCAUAUCCCAUGGGUGGAACCAUGGCUAACAAUUCAGCAGGGAUGGCAGCCAGCCCAGAGAUGAUGGGUCUUGGGGAUGUCAAGUUAACUCCAGCCACCAAAAUGAACAACAAGGCAGACGGGACACCCAAGACAGAAUCUAAAUCCAAGAAAUCCAGUUCUUCUACUACAACCAAUGAGAAGAUCACCAAGUUGUAUGAGCUGGGUGGUGAGCCUGAGAGGAAGAUGUGGGUGGACCGUUAUCUGGCCUUCACGGAGGAGAAGGCCAUGGGCAUGACAAAUCUGCCUGCUGUGGGUAGGAAACCUCUGGACCUGUACCGCCUCUAUGUGUCUGUGAAGGAAAUUGGUGGAUUGACUCAGGUCAACAAGAACAAAAAAUGGCGGGAACUUGCGACCAACCUCAAUGUCGGCACCUCAAGCAGUGCUGCCAGCUCCUUGAAAAAGCAGUACAUCCAAUGUCUCUAUGCCUUUGAGUGCAAGAUCGAACGGGGAGAAGACCCUCCCCCAGACAUCUUUGCAGCUGCUGAUUCCAAGAAGUCCCAGCCCAAGAUCCAGCCUCCCUCUCCUGCGGGAUCAGGGUCAAUGCAGGGGCCACAGACACCUCAGUCAACCAGCAGUUCCAUGGCAGAAGGGGGAGACCUGAAGCCACCAACUCCAGCAUCCACACCACACAGCCAGAUCCCCCCCUUGCCAGGCAUGAGCAGGAGCAAUUCUGUCGGGAUCCAGGAUGCCUUUCCUGAUGGAAGUGACCCCACAUUCCAAAAGCGGAAUUCCAUGACUCCAAACCCUGGGUACCAGCCCAGUAUGAAUACCUCUGACAUGAUGGGGCGCAUGUCCUACGAGCCAAAUAAGGAUCCUUAUGGCAGCAUGAGGAAAGCUCCGGGAAGUGAUCCCUUCAUGUCCUCAGGUCAGGGCCCUAACGGUGGGAUGGGGGACCCCUACAGUCGAGCUGCCGGCCCUGGGCUGGGAAAUGUGGCGAUGGGACCGCGACAGCACUAUCCCUAUGGAGGUCCUUAUGACAGAGUGAGGACGGAGCCCGGAAUAGGACCCGAGGGCAACAUGGGCACUGCAGCCCCACAGCCGAAUCUCAUGCCUUCCAACCCAGACUCGGGGAUGUAUUCUCCUAGCCGUUACCCCGCGCAGCCGCAGCCGCAGCCGCAGCCGCAGCCGCAGCCGCAACGACAUGAUUCCUAUGGCAAUCAGUUCUCCGCUCAAGGCACCCCUUCCAGCAGCCCCUUCCCCAGCCAGCAGACCACGAUGUAUCAGCAGCAGCAGCAGAAUUACAAGCGGCCGAUGGAUGGCACAUAUGGCCCUCCUGCCAAGCGGCACGAAGGGGAGAUGUACAGUGUGCCAUACAGCACGGGGCAGGGGCAGCCCCAGCAGCAGCAGCUGCCCCCAGCCCAGCCCCAGCCUGCCAGCCAGCAACAAGCUGCUCAGCCUUCCCCUCAGCAAGAUGUGUACAACCAGUAUGGCAAUGCCUAUCCUGCCACUGCUGCUACUGAGCGCCGACCAGCAGGCGGCCCCCAGAACCAGUUUCCAUUCCAGUUUGGCCGAGACCGUGUCUCAGCACCCCCUGGCUCCAGUGCCCAACAGAACAUGCCACCGCAGAUGAUGGGUGGCCCCAUACAGGCAUCGGCUGAGGUUGCUCAGCAAGGCACCAUGUGGCAGGGGCGUAAUGACAUGACCUACAGUUACGCCAACAGGCAGAGCACGGGCUCUGCCCCGCAAGGUGCUGCCUAUCACGGCGUGAACCGAACAGAUGAAAUGCUGCACACGGAUCAGAGAGCCAACCAUGAAGGCCCAUGGCCUUCCCAUGGCACACGCCAGCCCCCAUAUGGUCCUUCUGCCCCCGUGCCCCCCAUGACAAGGCCCCCUCCAUCCAACUACCAGCCCCCACCAAGCAUGCAGAAUCACAUUCCUCAGGUAUCCAGCCCUGCUCCCCUGCCCCGGCCAAUGGAGAACCGCACCUCUCCUAGCAAGUCUCCAUUCCUGCACUCCGGGAUGAAGAUGCAGAAGGCAGGUCCCCCAGUACCUGCCUCACACAUAGCACCUGCCCCUGUGCAGCCCCCUAUGAUUCGGCGGGACAUAACCUUCCCACCUGGCUCUGUUGAAGCCACACAGCCUGUGUUGAAGCAGAGGAGGCGGCUCACGAUGAAAGACAUCGGAACCCCGGAGGCAUGGCGGGUAAUGAUGUCCCUCAAGUCUGGGCUGCUGGCAGAGAGCACGUGGGCAUUAGACACCAUUAACAUCCUGCUGUAUGAUGACAACAGCAUCAUGACUUUCAACCUCAGUCAGCUCCCAGGGUUGCUAGAGCUCCUUGUGGAAUAUUUCCGACGUUGCCUGAUUGAGAUCUUUGGCAUUUUAAAGGAGUAUGAGGUGGGUGACCCAGGACAGAGAACACUACUGGACCCUGGGAGAUUCCGCAAAGCGUCUAGUCCAGCUCCUAUGGAGGGGGUGGAGGAGGAAGACCUUCUAGGUCCCAAACUAGAGGAGGAAGAAGAGGAGGAAGUAGUUGAAAAUGAUGAGGAGAUGGCCUUUGCGGGCAAGGACAAAGCCGCCUCAGAGAAUAGUGAGGAGAAGCUGGUUAGUAAGUUUGACAGGCUUCCAGUAAAGGUCGUGCAAAAGAAUGACCCGUUUGUGGUGGACUGCUCAGAUAAGCUUGGGCGCGUGCAGGAGUUUGACAGUGGCUUGCUGCACUGGCGGAUUGGUGGGGGGGACACCACUGAGCAUAUCCAGACCCACUUUGAGAGCAAAACAGAGCUGCUGCCUUCCCGGCCUCAUGUACCCUGCCCACCAGUCACUCGGAAGUAUGUCACAGCAGUAGAGGGUACACCAGGGACAACAGAGCAGGAGGGCCCCCCGACUGACGGCCCUCCAGAAAAACGGAUCACGGCCACUAUGGAUGACAUGUUGUCCACCCGGUCUAGCACACUGACCGAGGAGGGAGCUAAGAGUGUAGAGGCCACCAAGGAAAGCAGCAAGUUUCCAUUUGGCAUCAGCCCAGCACAGAGCCAUCGGAACAUCAAGAUCCUAGAGGAUGAACCCCACAGUAAAGAUGAGACCCCACUGUGUACCCUUCUGGACUGGCAGGAUUCCCUUGCCAAACGCUGCGUCUGUGUCUCCAAUACCAUCCGAAGUCUGUCAUUUGUGCCAGGCAACGACUUUGAGAUGUCCAAGCACCCGGGGCUGCUGCUGAUCCUGGGCAAGCUGAUCCUUCUGCACCACAAGCACCCGGAACGGAAGCAGGCGCCACUGACUUACGAGAAGGAGGAGGAGCAGGACCAAGGGGUGAGCUGCAACAAAGUGGAGUGGUGGUGGGACUGCUUGGAGAUGCUUCGGGAAAACACCUUGGUCACGCUCGCCAACAUUUCGGGGCAGUUGGACCUCUCCCCAUACCCCGAGAGCAUUUGCCUGCCUGUCCUGGAUGGACUCCUACACUGGGCAGUCUGCCCUUCAGCUGAAGCCCAGGACCCCUUCUCCACCCUGGGCCCCAACGCCGUCCUCUCCCCACAGAGACUGGUCUUGGAAACCCUCAGCAAACUCAGCAUCCAGGACAACAAUGUGGACCUGAUCCUGGCCACACCCCCCUUCAGCCGCCUGGAGAAGUUGUACAGCACCAUGGUGCGCUUCCUCAGUGACCGAAAGAACCCGGUGUGCCGGGAGAUGGCUGUAGUACUGCUAGCCAACCUGGCACAGGGUGACAGCCUGGCAGCCCGUGCCAUUGCAGUGCAGAAAGGCAGCAUCGGCAACCUCCUGGGCUUCCUGGAGGAUAGCCUUGCUGCCACACAGUUCCAGCAGAGCCAGGCCAGCCUGCUCCACAUGCAGAACCCGCCCUUUGAGCCAACUAGUGUGGACAUGAUGCGACGGGCUGCCCGUGCGCUGCUGGCCCUGGCCAAGGUGGACGAGAACCACUCGGAGUUCACGCUGUAUGAGUCACGGCUGUUGGACAUCUCGGUAUCACCGUUGAUGAACUCAUUGGUUUCACAAGUCAUUUGCGAUGUACUGUUUUUGAUUGGCCAGUCAUGACAGCCGUGGGACACCUCCCUCCCUGUGUGCGUGUGCGUGUGUGGAGAACUUAGAAACUGACUGUUGCCCUUUAUUUAUGCAAAACCACCUCAGAAUCCAGUUUACCCUGUGCUGUCCAGCUUCUCCCUUGGAAAAAAAGUCUCUCCUAUUUCUCUUUCCUCUUCCUUCUCGCCCCUUCUUCCUCCCGAUCUUUCUAUUCCCUGUCCUCACUUUACUCCCCUCAGGACCCUGCCCUAUUUGAAAAGACAAAGCUCUGCCUACAUAGAAGACUUUUUUUAUUUUAACCAAAGUUACUGUCGUUUACAGUGAGUUUGGGGAAAAAAAAAUAAAAAUAAAAAUGGCUUUCCCAGUCCUUGCAUCAAGGGGAUGCCACAUUUCAUAAUGUUUUUAAUGGU